GUCACACCUGUUUUUAACACUCUCUGUGGGCUGUGGAGUUCUCACAUGCUUUCAGUUUGUUCUCGCUCUCUCGCCCUGCCUCCCUUCACCCGCUCCAUCUACUGUUUGUCCUGCUGCAAGCUGCUUUCUUGCGCUCAGUGAUUUGACAGCUUCUUUGUGGAUUGUUUUGGAUAACGCUGAGGGUCGGCCUGGUUGCCAAGGUUCCUCCAAAGCUUUUAACUCCAUGCAAAGACUGUGUUUAAUUUGUAUGCGACUACAUGACUCUUUAGACGUCCAGGAACAAUGAACCCUGGCUCCAAAUCAGCACGGUGUUGAAACAGCUCAGUUGAUUUGUGAGAAACUGAUUUGGGAUAAAGACUCAAAACUCAACAUGAUCUAGACGAUACCAAGAUACCUCCACAAAUGAAGCCUCCGUGACAUUUGUGGUUAUCAAAACUGUGCCAAGCAGUUUUUCUUUUGAACUCCAUUUAAUUUCUUAGUCUUUGGUAGGCGUGCAAGUUUCCUGUUUUUACCACUCAAGACUGUUUUUGUUUUUGUGGAACAUGCAUGCUCUUGUUUGUUGUUGCCUCUCGGAUGAUUUGGACUUCAAACAAACAUUGUAUUAAAGAUUUCAGAAACCCUGCAUUCCAAAUGGGAUAAAUCUCCAUCCAAAGGGCUCUUUAAGGGGAGGACAGUCAUGAUAGUCAUGCAAACUUCUCCAUGAUGCCUGAGGUACGGGAACUUUCAGAUGCCCUGCCAGAGAUACCAAUGGACCCAAUCACUGGCGUAGGUGUUGUGGCCUCAAGAAACAGAGCUCCCACCGGCUAUGAUGUGGUUGCACAAACCACAGAUGGGAUUGAUGCAGACUUGUGGAAAGACGGUCUGUUUAAAUCCAAGGUGACCCGCUAUCUGUGCUUCACCAGAGCGUUCUCCAAGGAGAAUAGUCAUUUAGGAAACGUGCUUGUAGACAUGAAGCUCAUUGACAUCAAGGACACGCUGCCUGUGGGAUUCAUUCCCAUACAGGAAACAGUGGACACACAGGAGCCAGCGUUCAGGAAGAGGAGGUUAUGUAUUAAGUUCAUCCCGCGAGACUCCACUGAAGCUGCCAUCUGUGAUAUCCGUAUCUUAGGACGCUCCAAACAGGCGCCACCGCAGUAUACAUUCAUAGGAGAGCUGAAUAACAUGGGCAUCUGGUACCGUAUGGGAAAAGUGCCACGGACCCAAGACUCUUCCCCCGUACAGAACAACUCCAACAACAUCCAUACUGUCACCAACAACUCCAACUCCACUCCAGCGCCCGUCCUGCCCAAGCACAUAUCCAUGACCCUGCCGGCCUGUUUCAGGAAAAGCACCACCAGACCAGACUUUGAACAUCAGAACUCCAACCUCUACGCCAUCUCUGCUAUGGAUGGAGUGCCUUUCAUUAUCUCUGAGAAGUUUGCAUGUGCCUCCAGUGACUUACAGCAGGUGGAUCUAAUGGGCAUCAGAAUCAAAUCACUUGCAGAGAUUGAGAAAGAGUAUGAAUAUAGUUUCCGGACGGAGCACAGCGCUGCGGCCCGCCUGCCGCCCAGUCCCACCAGAACUUCACUGGGCUCGGAAGCCUAAACGCUCACAUGGAGGAGGAAACGCAGAGAGAGCUGUUGUCUGAAGACGUGAGCGGAGCAGAGACCAGACAAGACUGCUGCUUUCCUACUGGCUCAACAAUUGAAAUCAGAGAUCCACAAAACACAAAAUAAGGAAAAUUGUUCACUUUUUGUCCAAAAGUACGUCUAGUUUAGUUCUUUUAAUGCUGCUUUUUCACAAAGAUCAAAUGAAGCCGAGCAGAUCUUCAUCAUCGAAACCACUACAGUGUCGUAAAGGGAUGUCCGCGGCUGAAUGGAGUGACCUGUGGAAACUCGUCGUCUUUAACGGUUGCGUUCAUACUUAUUCUGGGAUGCUGUUACUAUGGUGACUUCACGAGGGUCGAACUUUGAUGUGCCCUCAAGAAUUCAACACUUGAGCCCUUUUUGGAUUCCCGGAGCCUCCGUCAACAUGUCGAGUUCAUGGAAUUGGAAAAUUGUAUUUUAUUGUACUGCGUUUGACUCUCUCUGUUUUUGUUGCUUUGCUUGAGGUUUUGAGAUCACAGCAACUGCAUGACUUCUUUUGUUAAUGGGAUUUUAGUCGUUUGCAAUCGGAGCCCAGUCCACUGCACUGUUACAGGAGCCUUUUGAAUAUUUUUGUGCGUUUGUCUGGAAAACGAACUGAGAUUUGAGCAGAAACUGCGACACCGCAACUGUGAACGAGACCUCGUCUAUAUCAGGAAUGUGAUGGUUUAGAGUUAUGUGCUGUUUGUUUGACCUUUUUAUCUUCGUAAUCUCCUUCCUGACAUGAUCACCGGUGACGUUUUACUCGUUUUCUUCCUCCUGUCAUGUUUGAUGGUGCUCCAGCUCUUUGGAUAUCGCCUUUGCCAGUCCAGUUGUGGCUUCUACAUUUCAUGGUGAUAUUUUAUUUAUUAUUUUUUUAUAAACAUGUAUAUUUACUGAUUCGUAUUUCACCUCAAAAUCAAAAGAAAACAAUUCUAAAUUAUAUUUUGCAUUUGUCUGUUUAUAGGACAAUUAAGAUUUGUUGGCAUUGUAACUUUGUUUUAAUGACUAUUAAGCAAAUUCCCUCACAAAUGACUUUUAUUGUAUAAAAAUGUCUCAUUAUUACUGUAACACUUUACAAUGAGGUUCCAUUAGUGAACAUAAACAAUGAACAAUACUUUUACAGCGUUUAUUAAUCAUAGUUUAUUUCAAUAUAAACAUUUUUUUAAAUCUAAAGCUGUGUUUGUUAACAGUUAGUUCACUAUGAACUAACAAUGAACAAUUGUAUUUUAUUAGCCAACAUGAACAAAGAUUAAGAAAUGCUGUAAAAGUAUAUUGUUAAUUGCUAAUGCAUUAAUUAAUGUUAUUGUAAACCUUAUUAACCUUAUUGGAAAGUGCUACCGAAAAACCUUUUAAUCCCAAAAAACUGUAAUGCAAAAUAAUAAUAAUAAUACUAAUACUAAUAAUGUCAUCAUUUUUACGUAAUGCAGAAAAUCAUACUGGACAUUUAUUUUUAUUUUUAUUACAAUUAACCGAAAAUCAGCAUAACAAAUAUGUCAAUGAUAUAUAAAAAUACUUUUAUCAAUUAAAGGGAUAGUACACCCAAAAAUGAAAUUCUCUCAUUAUUUACUCACCCUCAUGUCGUACCAGAUGUAUGACUUUCUUUCUCUGCUGAACACAAAUUAAGAUUUUUACAAGUAUAUAUCAGCUCUGUUGGUCCAUACAAUGCAAGUGAAUGUGGUCCAGAACAUUGAAGCUCCAAAAAGCACAUAAAGGCAGCAUAAAAGUAAUCCAGAAGACUCCAGUGGUUUAAUCCAUAUCUUCAGAAGCUAUAUGAUAGGUGUGGGUGGAAAAACAUCAAUAUUUAAGUAUUUUUUACUGUAAAUCUUUACUUUCACUUUCAAAAUGUAAAAUAAUGUGUAUUGUAUGGACCUACAGAGCUGAGAUAUUCUUCUAAAAAUCUGAAUUUGUGUUCAGCAGAAGUAAGUCCGUCACAUCUGGGAUGACAUGAGGGUGAGUAAAGGAUGAGAUGGUGAAUUAUUCCUUUAAUCAUUUCUUUAGCAGAACAGUAAUGAGCUGUUGAGGGAAAAUGAGCUUAAUUGUCAUGAAAAUAAUGUAACGCAAAAAUAUUAUUAGCAUUUUAUAAAAAUGAUUGCAUUUUUCGUGUACGGUGACCCGGACAUUUCUUGAAAGUUUUCAUGAGAUUCAAUCAAAUAUCCAAAGCAUUUUAAAAUCAUAAUUCAUCAGUUGUUAUAAACCAUACGCGGUCCUGAAACAGCUCACACAGUGUUAGGAGUGUGUUGUGAAAGUUGUGAGACGGCAUUGCUCACGUUAUUUGUACCUUUUGGCUCCGCCCUUUAUAUAGUGUUGAUGAUUGUUAUGAUGGAAGAACAGAAACGGCCAUCUCAGGGGAACGUGAUCGGCUUGGAAAUACCAAGUGACUUAAUAUGCCAGUCCUUUUCAGAUGGUUCGACACCUUCACUGUGAGACUUUAGUCAAACCCUCAGAUGGAUUAAAGCUUUCUUAAGUCGCUGUCGGUUAUUAUAUUCAAGCAGCUACAUCGUUGUGCAUUUGAACCACUAUACUGACACGGAGAAGACGGAUAGCAUGCACUCCAAUGGCGAUACCAACCUUAAAUCGAACUCUUUAUACAUUUUUCGUGUCUGGCUUGAUACAAGAUACCUUGAGACCUUUAAAACCAGUUUCUCAGAUAUCAGUCAAGCCGGUUCUCGGAUUACAAGUCGCAAGCAGUUAUUUCUUCCUAUCGAAUAUCACGUAGAUUCGAAUAAUAGUUUUAAUCCAUUUGGGAAAACCCAUCCCAGGUUUAUAGAUCGAAAUAAAGCAGGAACCUGAACCAGGAAUCAUAUUUCUAGAUCACAGUCGGUUACAGUCAUCUUUCUAUGUUGAUAGACUGAUUUCUUCAUGGCCAUUUCAGUCUUUUAUUAUUAUUAUUAUGAAAUACUUGCAGUGUUUUUGUUUGUUCAAUAUUACAAUUUGAGGUGUUUUAUCAUAGUACUCUUUCAUUUCAUUAUUUAAUGAUUUUAUAUAAAGACUAAUUUAAACGUUUAGGAAUGUAGCUAGUUUGUUGCCCCCAGAUGUUUAAUGUAACAUUAGAUACAGAGUUUUCCAUGUUGGUUACACAAACAAACACAGUUAAAGCUGUUUAGUUACUGCACUGCGUAAAUGAAUAAACUCCUUGGCAAUUUUAUACAUCGUAAAUGUGUAUCGGUCCAGUUAGGUGAACCUGUUGUGUGUUUGUCAUUGCAAUGUCAACUGAAUUGCUUGUUUAAAUGUGAUGCCAGUGUUGACUGCUGGAGUUUGUGCUCUGUUAUUCUAUACAGUCACUAUAAAAUCUUCAUGCAUUUCCACUCGAUGGAGAAACAUGAGAGGUUUGACUGUACUGUGACCAAUAGGGUUGAGGAGGGUCAAAUGUGCCUCGUUCUGCUUAAUUGGUCUUCUGGGCAAUACAAAUUGAGAUCGAUCUAAUUAAGCCAAAUUGUAUUUUAGAAAGUCUUACAUCAACUACAAUAUGCAACUCGUUUGUGAGAACAAACGAUAAACAAAAGAACGUUUCCUAGAUUUAAGAGCUAGCAAAACUUGCCCACUGGCACAUCUUGCCCCACUCUCCCCUAUUCGCAUAGACAGCCACAAUGAUGCCGCCACAAAUUAAUGCAAAUUUACAGGAUCUUUGCUUCUGUUUUGGGUUCAUAAGCCCUUUGAGUUUCUUGUGGCCCUUUAUUUAGAUGCAGCAUGCGCACAAAACCACAGAGACACGUUUAAGACCUCGGGCAUAAAACCCCCUCAGUGCGGCAGAUGGUUCAGAACUUUUUAAGGGGAUGAGAAAUUGAACAAUAAAGACAGCAAAGCAUGUUUAUAGACAAUGAUUGCAUUUAAGAAACCACUCAAAGGUUAUUUCAUUUUCUCUUAACCCUUGUGCGUCAAUGUAAACAAUGUAAUACUCAUAGGCCCUAAGCACUGUCUGUCAGAAAACUGCCAUAAUAUAUAUAUAUAUAUAUAUUUAUGCCAUUUAUAUAUUCAUAUUAUUUUCCUCUUGAGAUCUUUUUUUUUUUUAUCCAACAUCAGUCCUGAUCAUAACUACCAA